AUGUUGAAAGCCCAGAGCCCCAGGCUCCACGCCGAGCUCACGAUAGCCGCGCGCUCCACGGCCCAAGCUCCGCUCGCCAUGCUGAAAUUCAAAAGGCACCUCAUCACAAACUGCCGGUGUGAACUGGAGAAUGCCCUACAGCAGACCACAGACAAGAACCAGAAGAGGUCCAGCCAUAACCUACAAAUUCCCAAGCCACUGGGGAAGGACGUUCCCUCGCACAGACAGAAGAAAGCCAUGCCAGAUCCCACCUCAACAGAGAGAGUACAAUACAUUUUUCAGCUGCGGCCAAACUUCAGCCAGACAACACUGUUGGAAAGCAGCCCAGACAGUCAAGUGGGGUUCUGGAGAAAGAAAUCUGUAGAAAGGAACAAGAAGAUGAAAAGCCGUCUUUCAUCCAAGAUGUUGAAAUCCCGCCUUUUUGGCUCUAGUAAAGCUGCCAAAGAGGGUCCUUUUCCAAAUAUUCCUGGGAGUAUCUCCACAGUUGUGAGAGAGGAUGCCGACAGCACUGGAAAGACACUAAUCUUUACAAACAGCAUCAUUGCAGAAGAGCGUAUAAGAACAGCAUCACCCAGGACAAUGCAGGUGUCAUUUCAAGACACAGAUCCUCUCCCUCCUCGAUUGGUGAGCUCACCUAAACAUGAUAUGACAUAUCCAGCUCAAGACCGACAAGCAGAAUUGUUUUAUGGGACAGGUCUGAAAAGGAGGCUGCUCCCAAGCUGGACAGAAGCACCUACAGUUGAAAAACCAUCAUUUGAAGAAAGCUACAAAGUCAAAGGGACCUCUCAUGAGGAAGCCAUGUGCAAACCCAAGACCAACGUUGUUUUUCUGAAAGUCCAUAAGAGUGCCAGCAGCACUGUCAUGAACAUCCUCUUCCGCUUUGGGGAGAUGCACAACCUCACCUUUGCCUUCCCUCUCAACGGUGGCAGCCAGCUCUUUUACCCGCGCCACUUCAUGGCCAAGUAUGUGCAGGGGUUCUCCCCUGGGAGCACUCCACAGUUCAACAUCCUCUGCCACCACAUGCGCUUCCUACAGCCAGAGGUGCAGAGAGUGGUACCGAGCACAGCCGUCUAUUUCUCCAUCCUGAGGAACCCAGUGCAGCUCAUGGAGUCCUCCUUCGUGUAUUACAAAGGCACAUCGUCCUUCUCCCAUGCCCGCAGCCUGGAGGAGUUCCUCCACCAGCCCUACCGCUUCUACAACCCAAAGGCYGGCGACAGUCACUAUGCCAAGAACCUCAUGACCUUCGACUUUGGCUUCAAUCCUGAUGGAGAUGUCACACCAAAGCGGGUGCACCUGAUGCUCAAGGCCAUUGAGGCAUCCUUCGACCUGCUCCUUAUCUCUGAGUACUUCGAUGAAUCCAUGGUGUUACUGAAGGAGACACUGUGCUGGGACCUGGACAGUGUCGUCUCCUUCCCGCUCAACAUCAGGGACAGCAGUACCAGGUCCCCCCUCUCAGAGAGCAUGGUGGAGAAGAUAAAGAAGUGGAACAGGCUGGACUGGGAAAUCUACACCCAUUUCAACAAGACCUUCUGGGAGAGGAUCGACCGAGACAUCGGCAGGGAGCGCAUGCAGCGGGAAGUGAGGGCACUCCAGCARAGGCAAGCGGAGCUGGCAGACAUCUGCCUCCAAGGAAGAGGAAGCGUAGUCCCUAAAGAAAUCAAGGACUCUUCCCUAAUGCCACUGCAACAUGGCAAUGCCAAAAUCUUAGGCUACAACAUCAAGCAGGGCUUGGACAAGAAGAUGGAGCACAUGUGCCGGCGGCUGGUGACACCGGAGCUGCAAUACAGCAGCGCUUUGUACAAGAAGCAGUUUCCCCGGAAGCUCCAGACGCCCAAGGCAGCUCCCUCAGUGCGGGGCAUGCCACAGGGCAACACCUUCAGGGGACCCGUGGCGUAG